AUGGUAAAAUUUACUAUCCUCGCAGGAGGAUACACCUCCUUCAUCGCGUCGUAUACGUUCAACAGCGACACGAACAAUUUGACGUACUUGAACCAGUACCUCACUGGCGGCAAUCCAUCGUGGAUAAUUUCGCAUCCCACGAACAAGAGUAUUCUUUAUGCAACGAACGAGAACGUCCCUACAGGCGCACUACAAUCGUUCACGGUCGGACCUGAAGGAGCACUCACCCUUGUCGAUACUGCAUACUCUGGAGGAAGCGGCCCGCCGUACUGUGGCGGUCUCACCACUGGUCAGGUAGCCAUAGUCAACUACGGCUCUGGAACUGCGCGUGUGAUCCCCACGACCACAGAUCCGCUGCAUUUCUCCAAUGACAGCACCAUUGUGACGUUCCCUGUCCCAACCACGGGAACGCAGGGGGUGUCCGAACCACACAUGGCAUAUCAAUACGGCGAGGAGCUGUUGAUCCCUGACAAGGGCAACGAUAAGAUCUGGCGUCUUGGCCAGAACGGGUCACCAGGUGACUUCUCAGUACAUGGUCAAAUCGCGCAGCCGAUUGGCAGCGGCCCACGGCACAUUCAGAUCUACGGUGAGCAUAUCCCCUUUCAUAAUUCCAUCUCGCUAAGCAAGCACGCAGAGAACCAGCUCUACACGGUCCACGAGCUUGCAAGCACUCUGACACUCCAAGACUUCCCCGCAUACCCCAAUUUCUCCACCCCCAUCAUCUCCAACGUAUCCAUCGUCCCAUACUAUCAACCCGCAGGCUCCAGCUUCGCAGCUGCCGAAGUCCUUAUCCCGCUCCCAACAGCCGAGUUCCCGAUCCCUUACAUUUACACCUCGAACCGCAACGUUGGUGUACAGGACCCGCGUGGGGACACGAUCGCCAUUUUCGAGAAGGUGGAUAACAAGCUGGUGCUGAGGAACCAGGUGUACACGGGCCUGGACCAGAUCCGCGGCAUGAUGCAUGGCCAACAGGCCGGCGAGGGAGGCGAUGCAUAUAUCGUGGCUGCCGGAUUUGCGGGCACUGCGGGCGUCAAGGUGUUCAAGCGAACGGAGGGAGGCGCGAAUUUGGAGGAGGUCGCAGUGAAUACGGAGCUUCCGACACGGACAAGCUUCGUAUGGCUGAAACAAUAGAUGAUCGUACACACUCUGUAUCAGAGGAGGUGGUUUGCUGUCUAAUAUAGAAUAUGCGUGUGUUUCUAGGGUGUGAUACUGGCACUAUGGUAUGUGCACUCUAU